AUGACUUUGAUAACAAGUCAAGAGCCCUCGAGAACGGCCACUCCUAUGAGAGCCUCCACUCCGGUAUCAAAAAGCCCCAUAUGCUCGGGUCCAUUAACUCUAUUAAGAAGUCAGAACGGAUUGCUGGAUCUUGAAAGUGUUCAAACUGUUACAAUCCCGACUAAGAUAAGAGAUGAGGUUGUUGCCGUGUUGAAGGGAGAAACAAUGAUAGUGAAUAAAGAAGGCUAUAUUGGACAUUUCAUGGAAAGACGGCCAGGGAUUAAAAUCGACUUAAAUUUACCCGCGGAUGAUUCUCAAUCUGAGACCUCUAAUGAAGAUACUGCUGAUGAUUCUGCCUUUGAUUAG